ACUAACCAUACCGCAAUGGACGAUUUAAAGACAAACAAUAAGGUCGCGUUAAAAUCUAGGGAAGUUGUUUCACAUCCGUUGUCCCUGCACAGAUCGCUAUCUUUUGUGCUUUCCAUAGGACAGUGUUUCGGCCUCAUGCCCAUUUAUGGGAUAAACAACAGGAAUAAGCGAAAAAUUAAAUUUCGGUGGAAGUCGAUGAGAUUCUUUUACACAAUGCUAAACGCGCUCGGGGCGCUGACGAAUGCCGUAUUCUGUUGUAUCGAGUUCACAAAAACUGGAUUAAUUUUGGACAAAUCCGCGACUUUUACGUUUUACGUCAGCAACUUCUUUGGCGUGCUGUUUUUUACACGAAUUGCUCAUAAUUGGGGAAGUUUGAUGCAAGACUGGUCGAAAGUAGAACAUUCCAUGAGAAAUGAUUAUGGAUUUCCACCGCACCUAAAAAGUAAUAUUAAAACAAUAACGUUAGUUGUUUUAAUAUUUGCAGUAGUCGAGCAUACCUUCUUCAUACUGAAUGCGCUUAACUCCUUUUGGAAGUGCGAAAAUCAAAGUGCCGAAGUUUACUUCUCUUUUGCUUUCCCUCAGGUAUUCUCCACAGUUUCCUACGCACACUGGAAGGCAGUUCUGGUGCAGACUUCGAACGUACUGGCCACAUUUUGUUGGAAUUUGGACCUUUUCAUAAUAUUAAUCAGUUUCGCGCUAGCGGUAAGAUUUAGGCAAGUGUCGAAACGAAUUGAGAAUGCGAAAGUUACAUAUGAAAGUUUUUGGAAGCAAGUUCGAGAAGACUACGACAAUUUAGCCGUCUUAUGCGAGAUUACUGACAAGCAAAUUGGUCCACUUGUGACAAUAUCAUACGUCAGCAACCUUAUGUUUAUUUGCGUACAACUUUACAACAGCCUGAAGCCAAGAUUUGGUAUCAUACCAACGGUUUAUUUCUUUUACUCCUUCGGAUUUCUUCUCACAAGAGUAUUUAUCGUAUCCAUGUAUGCUGCAAGAAUUUAUGAUGAAAGUCGGGAGCCCCUAAGAUUUCUGCAGUCCGUGCCCUCAAAUUUGUACAACUCGGAGAUUGAUCGAUUUAUACAACAAAUUCAUACUAAUCCAGUUGGAAUCACAGGGUGCAAAUUCUUUUUAGUCACAAGAAGCUUUUUGCUACGGGUAGCGGGUACCAUAGUAACAUUUGAACUAAUGUUGUUACAGUUUGGCCCCAUAUUGGAGAAGGAUUUUGUAUCGCAAUCUGUUGUAAAUUCUGAAAUAUAUUGUAAAGUAGGUUAA